AUGGCCGGUGUUAAGAGUUACGAACUAAGAACCAAGUCCAAGGACCAAUUGGAAUCCCAAUUGCUUGACUUGAAGAAGGAACUAGCUGAAUUGAAGGUUCAAAAGCUAUCCAAGCCAUCUUUGCCAAAGAUUCACACUGUCAGAAAGAACAUUGCCCGUGUCUUGACUGUCAUCAACGAACAACAGAGAGACGCUGUCAGAGCUCUAUACAAGGGUAAGAAGUACCAGCCAAAGGACUUGAGAGCCAAGAAGACCAGAGCUUUGAGAAGAGCUUUGACCAAGCACGAAGCUUCCCAAGUUACUCUAAAGCAAAGAAAGAAGCAAAUCGCUUUCCCACAAAGAAAGUACGCUAUCAAGGCUUAG